UUUCAACCACCCGAAUACGCCACCGAUAAAGACAACUAACGCACGUAAUAACUAGCACGCUAGCGUGAAUGGGCUUCAACCUGGGAUCAUGCCGAAUAGGCGAAGCCGUGGUCGGGCAGCAGUGGCAUGCCUUUCCUGCCGCCAAAAAAAGUUAAAGUGCGACUCUAUCAAACCAAAAUGUGGUAAUUGCUUCGCAAAAGGCGUCGAAUGUCAACAAGGCACUGUUUUGCACAAACCAAGGCCGACAAAUAGUCGAAUUGCACAACUGGAGCUAGAAAAUAAAGCCCUUCGUCAACGCUACACCCAGCUCCUGGAUGAAGUAUCUGUAAAAGGUAGGGAAGAAUCGGAGUCGCUCCGUGAAGGACCGUCGUUCCAGACUCCAGGUACAGUCAACACACCGCGCCACCAAUAUACGAAUGAUAUACCGCACCCAGAAGCUCCAAUCGAGAGAAAUAGAAGCAGCGUAUCCUUAUAUCAUGGAGCGACUAGUACUGCCUACGAUGAAACUGCCAAGUCUUCGCCACAAGAUACCGAAAAUAUCGAAUCGAUUGCCGAUCUAGACCGUUCUCGACAUCUCCUAUUUACUCAGACGGCCAAACAAAGACAAUUGGAGCCAUUUGAUCUUGCUGCUGGUCGACUCGACUUUGACGACGUUGAUCCUGAAAUUGGAAAAGAAUUACUAUUAAUGUAUUGGAGCCGGCAGCUUUAUACGGCACAAAUUAUCUACCGACCGGCAUUCAUGCGGGAUAUGGCCUGCGGAGGACCCUAUUUUUCCAAACUGCUACUAAAUGCCAUUUUUUUCGUCGUCUCAAAACAUAAUCCCCGCCCAGAGCUACGUUCUGACCCCGAGGAUAUUACAACUGCUGGAUGGAAAUUUCGCCAACGUUUUACUGAGCUGCUGAGAUACAGUUUUGAUAGAAGUGAAAUUACUACCUUGCAGGCAUUGCUGAUAGUGUCAAACGCACUAUUCUCGAGAUGUGACGAACGGAGUACUUCAUGGUUAUAUGCUGGCAAUGCUUUCAAUAUGAUUAUUGAUCUUGGGCUGCACGUAUUGCCGUCGAUGAACAGCAUAUCAGCAGAGGAACUCGAAAUCCGAAAACGAAUUCUGUGGGGUGCAUACUCAAUCGACAAAGUUCAGUGCCUCUAUCAGGGUCGACCCCCGAUCCUCCGCAGGGUCAACUUCAAUGUUCCCCUCAGAUUCUUAGACGAAUAUGAUGAACUUGAACAGUUCCAAGGCCUUACUUAUACGGCAACCACAGAAACCCCAGCCGUACCAUCUAUGAAUGUCACAUUACUGACUAAGCUUUGCGAGGUGUCUAUCAUCAUCGAGCGCAUUCUGAGCGAGAUCUAUCCCGGACCAGGAUUGGAAGCGAAGCAGAUCCAGAACGUGAAUAUCUUUGCGGAUAUCAAAUCGAAUUUGAAAAAAUGGCGGGCGAGUCUUCCUCCCGAGAUGGACUAUCUUUUACAUCCCAGGAGUGACUCAGUCAUACUACCACAAUCUCUCUGCCUUUUGGCUUUGUACAAUGUUCUCAUAAUUCUCUCACAACGACCUCUCAUUACUGAAAAUAAUGGCCGUCAAAGAUCAUUGACUGCUCAUGAGUCAGUAAAUUCCUGUACCACUGCUGCGAACCAAAUAGUUCAGAUUUUGCAGGACUAUUGUGAGCGUUUUUCCAUCGACAGCGCCCCAUAUAUGCUCUCGUAUGCGACAUACAUCAGUGCAACCGUACAUGCUCGAAUCGUGGCAUUGAAAGGGAAAACCUCCAAUGCAUUUCAAUCUCUCCUUGUCUGCCGCACUAUACUGCAAGGCCAUAAACGUCUAUAUAAAGCUGCCGAGGUGGCCAUGGAUAAUCUCGACAAGUUUAUGAGUCAUCUAGGGUUUAACAUAACGGACGACAACUCUGUGACCUGGAGUGGUGAUUUGUCACACCAGGCUGCUGGCUAUGGUCCUGGAGAAGAUGUCAUUGCACUGCCUGAAUGGCUGGAUCCUGUUAAUCCACCUCUCGACUUAAUGAACUCGGACUUGUUGGAUCUAGACCUAGAAGCAGUUACACAGGGAUUUUCGGUCGAUGGGGAAUUCAAUUUUCUCAUGCAUCCGUUUAGAGCUUGAAAGAAGUCAAUAAGCCCAGCACCUUUUUUCAAGGUCUCCUUCAUUUUUCAUUUUCUUAAUUCCUGGUUUCUGUGAUGCUCU